AUGCUGCACCUGCUCAACACUAAGGGCCUAUUUGGUGGUCUACCCAAAGAUGACCCGAAUAGGCACCUUAGGAACUUUCUUGGGGUUUGUUCUACCAAUGUGCAUCUGGGCGUCUCAAUUGAAGCAGUCAAGCUACGGCUCUUCCCGUACUCCCUAACGGGGGAAGCCACGGCUUGGUUAGAUGAUCUUCCGUCCGGAUCCAUCACUACUUGGGAGGAAUUGACCGAAGCAUUCCUCAAGAAGUUCUUCCCUCCAUCGCGGAUGUUACAACUCCGUGACGAAAUCAACAACUUUCGUCAACUUCCUGAUGAGGCUCUCCAUGAAACUUGGAUUCGUUUUAAAAAGAAAGUCAAAAGCUGUCCCAAGCAUGGGUUGCCUGAUGGUGUGCUUCUACAAACAUUUUAUAGAUCUCUAGACUCGGUAAAUAAAUCAGUGGCGAACAACAUUGCAGAAGGGUCUAUUAUGGACAAUUCUUAUGCCACUGUAUGUGAAUUGUUGGAUAAAUUGACCGAGACUAAUGAAGCAUGGCACACUAGAGAUUCGGAAGUGGGUGGAGGAAGUUCCUCCAAACAUGUCCUCACUCGUGAGAUGAUUAAGAAGGAGGAAGAGAGAGAUGAGUCCAUGGCUAAACUUGUCACCCAAAUGGACCUUCUAACAAAACAUGUCAUGGGUGGCGGAAGCAAAAAGGUGAACGCAGUAGAAACCUGUGAAGGGGGUCCUAUGGAUGAGCAAUGUUUUCAAAUGCAUGAUGAGGAGGCAAGUUAUGUCAACAAUCUAAGGGAGGGUUCCCGUCCGAACUACCAAGGUCCAAAUCAAGGAUCUUGGCGGCAAGGUCAAGGGAAUCAAGGUUGGAACAAAGAACAAGGUCACUCUAAUUGGAGAGAUAAUCGUGACAACAAUCAAGGGGGUUACAACAACAAUUACAACAAUCAUCGGAGCUCAAAUCCGUAUGUCCCUCCAAAGGGAAAUCAACCAAGCUCUAGUCAACCGCCCACUAGCGAUCCCGCUAGUUCAAAAAUUGAAGAUAUGUUGUCAAGGGUGUUGAAGAAAGUGGAAUCCACCGACACCUUUUGCAAGGAGACUAGAGAUGAGGUUAAAUCCAUGGGUCAAGUUGUGAGUUCACAUUCCACCUCCAUUAAACAAUUGGAGUCUCAACUUGGCCAAAUCUCGGCAAUCUUAAACCAAAGGCAAAAAGGCUCACUUCCGAGUGAUACAGUUGCAAAUCCAAGGAACGAUGGUGAUCAUCAAUGCAAUGCAAUUACUACUAGGAGUGGCAAAACAAUUGGGGAAGAGACUUUGGUACAAGAGGAUAUGAUGGGUAAUGAUGAGAAAAUGGUUGAAGAACCCAUGGUUGUUAAAGAAGAAGUGAAUCCAAAGAAGACGCGGGCUAGUAUUGAAAGCCUAUUGUUGUUGAGGAUGGUCCGGAAAUUAAUGAUGCUUCAAAAAGAAAGGAAGUGGUAG